GGGAAUCCCUCCACCACCUCCUUCAUCCUCCCCGCUCCCUCCCUCCUCCUGCCCCGUCCACCGACAGCGGCGCUUCCCGUGACGCCUCGAACGGAAUCAGAUUCGGACACAUGCGCUCUCACAUCAGGUCCCUGCCCCCUGAUACACGGCAGCAGUAACGGGGUUACUUUCCGUAUACCGUCUAGUUCCAGCACUGAUGGGAACCUCGGGGUCUAAGACAUAUCGGUGUGCAUAGCCUUCUUCUCCAGCUGAUCAGCAGUUAUUAACAGGAGGCUGUCAGAGCUCUCCCCGGACAAUACCAUGAAGUUAGAAGUCCUUCUUCUCCUCCUGUUGGGUUUUUGCAAGCUGUCCCCCGCGAAGAUUGCCGCUCCAAAUGAGUUUGUGUCCUUGGCGGAGAUGGAGGAUGCUUUAUUGAAGAACCUUUUCCAAGGCUAUCAGCGCUGGGUUAGGCCAAUCCAGCGUGCCAAUGACACUAUUAAAGUACGCUUUGGACUCAAGAUCUCUCAGCUGGUCGAUGUGGAUGAGAAAAAUCAGCUAAUGACAACUAAUGUUUGGCUGUGGCAGGAAUGGAUUGAUUACAAGCUGCGAUGGAAUCCAGAUAAAUACGGAGGAAUCACCUCCAUCAGAGUUCCUUCAGAAAAUAUCUGGCUCCCAGACAUCGUCCUGUAUGAGAAUGCUGAUGGGCGGUUUGAGGGUUCCCUGAUGACCAAAGCUAUUGUGAAGUACAACGGGGCCAUCACCUGGACACCACCUGCCAGUUACAAAUCUGCCUGCACCAUGGAUGUCACUUUUUUCCCUUUUGACCGCCAGAACUGCUCCAUGAAGUUUGGGUCCUGGACCUAUGAUGGCAGCAUGGUGGACUUGGUUCUCAUGGACAACCAGGUUGAUCGGAAAGACUUCUUUGAUAACGGGGAGUGGGAGAUACUCAGUGCUACUGGUGCCAAAGGAAACAGAAAAGAUGGCUUGUUAUCCUAUCCCUUCAUCACAUACUCCUUCAUCCUGAAGAGACUGCCUUUGUUCUACACGCUGUUCCUAAUCAUCCCUUGUUUGGGUUUGUCCUUUCUGACUGUCCUGGUCUUUUACCUCCCCUCAGAUGAAGGAGAGAAGCUUUCACUCUCUACCUCCGUCCUAGUGUCACUUACUGUGUUCCUGCUGGUCAUUGAAGAGAUUAUUCCCUCCUCCUCCAAGGUCAUACCCCUGAUCGGAGAGUACCUCCUCUUCAUCAUGAUUUUUGUCACCCUCUCCAUCAUCGUCACUGUCUUUGUCAUCAAUGUCCACCACCGCUCCUCAGCCACUUACCACCCAAUGUCACCAUGGGUUCGAAACCUCUUUCUUCAAAAACUGCCCAGAAUGCUGUGCAUGCGAGGGCACACUGACCGCUACCACUACCCAGAGCUGGCUCCCGAAAGCCCUGAGCUGAAGUCUCGCUCUGGAGGUCGGAGAGGCCAGAAGACAAACAGUGGUUCGCACGGACCGACGACUUCUGAUGGGAAGGACGAAGAAGCCUGGGGUACUAUGUUGGAGAAAGCCAUCUAUUCGGUGCGCUACAUCAGCAGACAUAUCCGUAAAGAACACUUCAUCCGUGAGGUGGUACAAGACUGGAAGUUUGUGGCCCAGGUGUUAGACAGAAUCUUUCUUUGGGCUUUCCUCACUGUCUCAGUAUUAGGCACCAUCCUUAUCUUCACUCCAGCUCUGCAGAUGUUCAUGAAAAUCCCUCCUCCAACUCCAAGUGAGGAACAAGCUUCAGAGCCGUUACACUGACGAGGCAACUGAUCAUCUGCCUUCAAAGAAAACAUUUUUUAAACAUGGUACCACUGAGCAAGAAGAGCCCACUGCAGGCACUUUAACAGAAAGAGUCAGAUAGUCAACAAAAGCCUGUAAAAACCACUGUGUAAAAUAUACAUGCGAAUAAGUCAUCAAGUCACUGUGUCUGUUUUGUCAAUAUCAUAACGUUUCAUCUGAUUAUAUUGGCAUUUUAUUCUGGUUUAAGAUAUAUAUGACAACCUCAGUAAACAGUAGUCUCACCUGUGUUCAUUUUCAGUUCGCAAAUUGCCAAAAUAAAAAACAACAACAAAGAAAUGCUUCAUAAACUCUACACCAAAUGGUAUUUAGCUAUCAAUAUACAAGAUUAAGGUAAAACCCCAUAAUUGCCUUAUUUUUUAUGUUUUUAACCAACAUCAUAUUUAAUUUGAUAUUUUUAUUCUUGAAAUACUUUUUUUUCAAAUUCAAAACAAAUUUCUACUCGGGAAUUUUAAUUAAAUAAAACAUCUGUGAGGGCGUUGUCAAAGCUAAGUCAGAUGAACUGACUUAUUGCGGAAAAUGAUAGCCCUGAUUUGGCCCUCAGGCUGUAUGUUGAGUAUCACCACACUGAAGCUUAAAAAUUGUGCUGCUCUGUUUCAGUAGCAUUUACUGAUUUGUCAGUUGUGUCCUCAUCAGAUACAUUUUUCUCACAGCAGAAAAAGAAUACAUUUAAAGUAACAAAGUGUACUGGAUUAAUGAAAACAACCCAUAAAAGUUUGUUGUUUUUAUUGUUUCGAUGUACCUAAUCAAACCAAUAAAGCUGGUUUAAAUACACAAGCCUGUUUAAGAUAAUGCUGUUUUUAGACUCGCUUAGAAUUCAGCAAAAAACAUAUUUGCUCAUCAUGUUGUGUGCAAAAUUGAAGUCACUGCAGUGUCACAAAUGGUAUGACUUAUCCCCCUCAAACAGGAUCAUUUCAAUGAUGUAGUUUUGGCUGAAAUCUGUGAAGUAAAAUC